CACGUCGUUUUCGUCUCCACCCUCAAUUUUAGUUUUUUUUUUUUUUAAGUAAAUCUUGCUGGAGUCCUACACAGGUCUAGAGAUUUCUACCCUUCUCUUCUCGGUUUGUGAUGACUUCAUUGCCUCACCGCUAGAUUAGGAAUCUGCAGUUUGAGGGGGCUGUGCCUUCUCCAGAAGUGAGGCACAGUUUGCAGCAGCAAGCGGCAUGUGCACGAAUGGCAUUCCCAAGUCAUCCAGCUAUUUGUUCCCAAUUCAGAGAAGAGGAUGUCAGAGUGCUGGAUAGGGGGGAAUCAUUUUAUACUUCAGAAUUAGGACAAGUAUGUGAGAAUUCCCAUCAGUCAGCGUGGAUUUCUUUCUUCAAGCUCUUUGAAUAAAACCAGCUACAUAACUUUCUCAAAUAACUCUUCUUUGUGCCAUGUUCUGUGGCUUGCAUCAAAAGAAGAAUUUGUCUUCAUGAAGAUUCCUAACAUUGGUAAUGUGAUGAAUAAAUUUGAGAUCCUUGGGGUUGUAGGUGAAGGAGCCUAUGGAGUUGUACUAAAAUGCAGGCACAAGGAAACACAUGAAAUUGUGGCAAUCAAGAAAUUCAAGGACAGUGAAGAAAAUGAAGAAGUCAAAGAAACAACUUUACGAGAGCUUAAAAUGCUUCGAACUUUAAAACAGGAAAAUAUAGUGGAACUGAAGGAAGCUUUCCGAAGAAGAGGAAAAUUAUAUUUGGUGUUUGAAUAUGUAGAAAAAAAUAUGCUCGAAUUGUUGGAAGAAAUGCCAAAUGGAGUUCCACCUGAAAAAGUAAAAAGCUAUAUCUACCAGCUAAUCAAGGCAAUUCACUGGUGCCAUAAGAACGAUAUUGUGCAUCGAGAUAUAAAACCAGAAAAUCUUUUAAUCAGCCAUACUGACAUCCUGAAGCUGUGUGAUUUUGGUUUUGCUCGGAAUCUAUCAGAAGGCAACAAUGCCAAUUAUACAGAGUAUGUGGCCACCAGGUGGUACCGUUCCCCUGAACUGUUACUUGGAGCUCCCUAUGGAAAAUCUGUAGAUAUGUGGUCUGUGGGCUGUAUUCUUGGGGAGCUUAGUGAUGGGCAACCUUUAUUUCCUGGAGAAAGUGAAAUUGAUCAACUUUUUACUAUUCAGAAGGUGCUAGGACCACUUCCAUCUGAGCAGAUGAAGCUCUUCUACAGCAAUCCUCGUUUCCAUGGGCUUCGGUUCCCAGCUGUUAAUCAUCCACAGUCUUUGGAGAGAAGAUAUCUAGGAAUUUUAAGUGGCGUUUUGCUUGACUUAAUGAAGAAUUUACUGAAGUUGGAUCCAGCAGACAGAUACUUGACAGAACAGUGUUUGAACCAUCCUUCAUUUCAAACCCAGAGACUCUUGGAUCGUUGUGGAACUUCACCUUCACGAUCAGCAAAGAGAAAACCAUACCAUGUUGAAAGCAACACAUUAUCUAAUAGAAAUCAAGCCGGCAAAAAUGCCGCUCUGCAGGCACAUCACCGAUCUAACAGUAAGGACAUACAGAACCUGAGUGUUGGACUUCCACGGAGUGAAGAUGUGCUUCCAGCAAGUGAGAGCUUCCUCAAUGGAAAUCUUUCUGGAGCUUCCCAUAGUCCCAUGCACACCAAACCCUAUCAAGCAAGUAACCCACCUGGAUCUGCAAACAAAGAGCUCACCAGUAACAACAUUCCACAUCUUCUUAGCCCCAAAGAAUCAAAAUCAAAAACCGAAUUUGAUUUCAGUAUUGACCAAAAGGCUUCUGAGGGCCCAGGCACAAAAUACCUUAAGUCAAACAGUAGGUCUCAACAGAACCGACACUCUUUUAUGGAAAGUUCCCAAAGCAAAACUGGAACACUACAGCCUGGUGAAAAGCACGGCCGGCAUAGCUACAUAGACACUAUUCCCCAGUCUUCUAAGAGUCCUUCUUAUAGAGCAAAGGCCAAAAGUCAUGGGGUGCUGACUGACUCCAAAUCUGUGAGUAACCUUUCUGAAGCCAGAGUUCAGAUUUCUGAUCCCAAUAGCAGCAGGUAUUUUCCGUCCAGCUGCCUAGACUUGAACUCUCCCACCAGCCCAACCCCUCCCAGGCACAGUGACAGUAGAACUUUGCUUAGUCCUUCUGGGAGAACUAACCGUAGUGAGGGCACUCUGGACUCACGGCGAACAGCAACAAGGCAUUCCAAAACAAUGGAGGAGUUGAAACUGCCCGACCACAUGGAUGGGAGCCAUUCACACUCGCUGUCUGCACCACAUGAAUCUUUUUCCUAUGGUCUAGGCUAUACCAGCCCUUUCUCUUCCCAACAGCGGCCUCAUAGGCAUUCCAUGUACGUGACUCGGGACAAAGUGAGAGCGAAAGGCUCAGAUGGAGGCUUGAACAUAGGGCAAGGGAUGGCAGUCAGAGCCAACAGCCUUCAACUAUUAUCACCACAGGUACAACUUAGGCUAUUCACCAGAUCUGUUGGCACAUCACGGGAAGAUGGUGCAGAGGAUUUGAAUGGGCCAGGAGAACAGAUCCCCACAGAGCUAAGUGUAUCACGGUCUUCAGCUAAAGAAACCUCACGUGAGGGCACAUCUUCAUUUCACUCACGGCAAAAAUCUGAGGGUGGAGCUUAUCAUGACCCCCACUCAGAUGAUGGAGCAGCCACGAAAGAAAACAGACAUCUGUAUAAUGAUCCUGUUCCAAGAAGAGUUGGUAGCUUUUACAGAGUUCCAUCUCCACGCCCGGAUAAUUCAUUCCAUGAAAAUAACGUACCUUCCAGAGUUGCUUCUCUGCCAUCAGAGAGCAGCUCUGGGACAAACCACUCAAAAAGACAAACAACAUUUGAUCCGUGGAAAAGUCCUGAAAAUCUUAGUCAUGCUGAACAACUCAAGGAGAAGGAGAAGCAAGGCUUUUUUAGAUCCAUGAAGAAGAAAAAGAAGAAAUCUCAAACAACAGACUCCACCAACGGGGAGAAUCCAAGCAUCAAGAAAUCCCUCUUUCCUCUUUUUAAUUCAAAGAAUCCUUUAAAGCAUAGUUCUUCUUUGAAAAAGCUUCCUGUAGUCACUCUACCUAUGGUGCCCAAUACAGAUGGUCAGGAUCUUCUGGCAUUACAGAAAGCCAUUCACUCGACUAAUCACCAAAGCAGCCGGCCGAAGGAGUGGCGCCCCGAGAAGAUCUCAGAUCUUCAAGUUCACAGUCAGCCAUUAAAAUCACUCCGGAAGCUGUUACAUCUCUCUUCGGCCUCAAACCAUCCCACUUCCUCGGAUCCCCGCUUUCAGGCCUUACCGAGUCAGCAAGCCAAAAGCUCCUUUUCGGAAGUGCGGAUUCACCCCAUGAGCCAAGCUUCCAGCAGCAGCAGCGGCAGCACCACGCGGGCCGAGGCCACGCCCAAGGCCCGGCCGACGCUUCAGCUGCCAGGUCAGAUAGAGCCAGGCUGGCACGUGUCCCCCGUGAGCAGAAGCACCAAUGAGGGGCCAUCCUACUCUGAACAGCUGGGCUCUAAGAGCGGGCCAAAUGGGCACACGUAUAACAGAACAAAUCGAUCACGGAUGCCAAAUCUGAAUGAUUUAAAAGAGACAGCCUUGUAAUUAUGCUCCAGGGCUUGGGGGGGGGGGAAGCCAGCUCCCUGGGGAGAGGGAUGGGGUAGGAAGGGAUGGGUACAGACAAGGCCGGGGGUGGUAAGCCAGUAUUUUCAGCCUUAUGAAGGUGUGUGCAAUAUUGUGUAUGUGGUGCUGCGUCAUUGAGCACCACAUUAGUCGUCAGGGAUCAUAUAGGAAAUGAGCUGAAUUAUUGAUUGCCAGUCACCAGAAGUCUCCCUUGAUGUUGGAGUUCAGGAAGAAGUUGCCUGAUUCUCUCCCCCGCCCCACACCCCUCCCUGACAUUCCAGCUUUAGUGUGCUCCCUGAUGAAGCUGGGAAGCUAAAGCAGGCCUUGGCACUUCAAGGGAUGGAAAAAUUAAGUGUCUCAACCUACGUCCUUACCACAUACUUUCUGCCUAGUUGAAAUGUGGGGCUUAUGUAAUCCAACCCUAUCCCUUUCUUUCAAGGGUCAGAAGUCGAAUUGUAUGUCUUAAAUUUGGUUUUUUUUUUUAACUUCCAUAUUUGAUAAGAUUUGUAACAUUUAUUUAUGAUUAACUAAUGUUGUACUGUUAUAAUCAUACCUUUUAUGUUACAAUCUAAAGUUAUUUUGAGCUGUUUGAAACAUUGUGAAGCAGUGCGACAGCAACAGUAGUUUCUAUAAAAACUAAACAGUAACAUUUAUAUAUUGCAUCAGGAGUAUUUUAUUCUAUAUAUAAAUAUAUAUAUAUAUAUGGUAAAUACCUGUCUGUUUUAUAAAUAUCUUCAUUUAAAGAAAGUAUUGUUAUGACACUAUCUGCCAUAUUUUUAUACAUUUGUGAUAUAAAGUGCAGUAUUAUACUUCUAAUAAAAGGGAGUUGAAUUGUGGCCAUGUAUGAAUCCUGCUCCCCUGGAAGAGUGCAAUGCUCACGGCACGAUCAGCAGCAGCAGAGUGUGUGCCAUCUACUCCCAGCCCUGCUAGAGGUGGGGGGAGAAAAAGCAAAGGACCAGGUACUGCCCAGCUAGCUGCAUUGUCAUGAAGACCUCAGACUGUUUUUUCAGUCCAUGCAUGAUUAGCUCCCCUUUGUGUUAGUGAAAGUUACAUGUGCACGCACUGAGAACAGCUCUGGGAUCCCUUACAUUUCUUGGUACAGUGAAAGUGCCCCUUAAAAACUACAAUUAAAAACAGAUGCUCUUCCAUGGAAUAUUAUGGGGUAUAGACCAAAGAAAUCCAACAUGAUUUGUAAGUGGAAUUUCAAAGUUGUGAAUUUACAUAAGGUAAACUGCAAAUCAUGGCAUAUCAGGUUUAUGCUUAGGUAUCUUAUUCAUUUGUAUUGUAUUGGGUAACUAAGACAGACUACAUUCAUGUAGUAUUCUGACUUAAAAUGCUGCUGUCCUUUCUUUCUUGCUAUUUUUGAAUAUAUUUUAAAGCUUCCAAAGCAGUGAAAUCUAGUUAUAAGAAAAUUGUCACAUGCCCUAUUUUUCUCUAGAGUCUCAUUAGAAUACCAUUUCCAGCAAGGUUACCAUUGACACUGGCUUUAGGGACUUUCCUAUGAUAUGGUAGUGUUUAAGUAUAACAAAUAUAGUGUCAGAACAAUACCACUUUUUCUUAUCGUUCCUUCCCCUUCACUCCCAAGUUGCUCACAGAUGUCAUCGAGGCUUUUUGACCUUGUGUGACAGUAGCCAGUGAUUGUGCUUUAUGUGUAUUUUGUCCUGCACUAGCAAUAAAUCACCUAAACACAUUCACCUGUCCACAAUCCUCAGUUUUGGGAGUACCCAGUUGGCAGCCCUUUUGAAGAUUUCUCUCUCUCUCUCCCUCUCUCCCUCUCUCCCUCUCUCUCUCUCUCUCUCUCUCUCUCUCUCUCUCUCUCUCUCUCUCUCUCUCUCUCUCUCUCUUUCUCUCUGUGUAUCUCUCUCUCUGUCUUUCUGUCUCUCUCUCUCUCUCUGUGUCUUUCUCUCUGUCUGUCUUUCUCUCCCCUAGGGCUUACAUUGAAAGAGAAGAGAGUAUAUUUAUCUGCCCACUAACGCCAAAGGGCGUGGCUUUGUCAGGGUUUGUUCUGCUAUCACAGAUCUGACUGCCUCAGAUCCCAAAUCAGUCAUGACAAAUGAAAAAUGUAACAAACUGAACCGCUAUGACCACAGUUUUCCCUAGGAUUUUGAAAAACUGGUAACCCUAAUGAUUAUGCAGAAUACAAAAAAGGAGGUUCCAUUUCUCUAUGGACUCCCUGAAAUGUUAGAUUGUGUGUGUAUUGCAUUCAUAUUUAUAUUAUGAUUUUUUGUGUAUAGAUUAUAUGUAGAACUCAUUGGUGCUUUUUGUUUCAUUUUCAAUAAAUAUGUUGGACACUAAAGACAAACUUAAGGUGGGCUUGAUAUUAUCAUUGAAGCCAUUUGGUUUGAAAUCCAUUAAUAAUCUAGCAAGCUGUGCUUUUUGUUCAUUUUUUAAUAGUUAGAUUUUUUCUCUCUUCCACCAGUUCAGGACAUUUCAGCUGGCCCUGCAUUGUCUUGAACUGAAUUUUUCCUGCAAAACUACUCUAUCUUAUGUAACAGUUAAAAACCUAACAGCAUUCAUUUAUCUGAGUGCCUAUGACACUGGAAAGCCUGCAUGGUCAACACUUUAACAAUAGGGCUACAACCCUUCCCCAAAACCUUCCUUAAAUGUUAGUAAACCCAUUUUCAGCAUAGAAGGGAUCUUAGUGCCUUUGGCACUUGGAUAGGGGAGGGAGCCGUUUCUUGUUCACCCAUGCUUUAUCCUACUGGUGUCUCGUAUAUGGGAACAUUUAUGUUGGUUGUUUUCUGAAGCAGGGCCUGAAGUUGUCAGAAGUAAUCAUUCUUCUUCCAACUGCAAGGAAUAGGUGGUUAAAAGUACUUUUGAUAUAUUCCUGGAUCUGAACCAGAAAACAGGCACACUAUUAAUAGCAUUUUGGAAGGAGAUCUUUAGCCUGUCUUCUCAUCUUUGAAAUUUUUCAUUGAUCCUAGAUGUGAUCUCAAGUUCAAUUGAUGGCUUAUUUUCUUCCUAUUCAUAGAAGGGGUACUCAAGUUUUCUCACACAUCUAGUUGGUUUCAAAGAGGUCAUAUUAGCUUGGAGCUGUUGCUUUUACCAGAAUCUAGUGUGUUGCUCCUUCUCUCAAAGGUUUCCCUCAUGGGUCAUUCUUGAAAAAAAACAUGCUGGAUAGGGAACCACAAAGUUGAUUAAUUCGAGUGUAUGCCAUCUAUACACUUACUGGAUGUCAUAAACCUUCUAAGAAUGAACUAACCUAAUUAAAGCUUAAAGGGAAUACUUAGACUUGUUUAUGUAACCCAAGCAGCCUAGAUUCAUUGAAGUUUAAAGUCAGUGAUACAGUUUCCGGAAUUACCCAUCAUAUUAUGGAAAAUAAGUUUUGAGGCACUUAUGGAAUCCUUUCUCUUGUCCGCCUUUAUUUUUAACCACUGCUACCAUUUCAUCUGAGAGGCUCAAGUUGUAUUUGACUCUCUCAGAUCUUUGAGGCUCGUACCAAGUGUUGUUGGGUAGCAUUUGGAGCCUGAGAUCACAACGAAGUACUGUUCUUACAGAAUGCACUGACUCUUCAUUGUUCCCAAGUCACCUGGACCAACUCACAGACUGGAUUUGCCAAGUUGAGCCUCUUUCCCCAAAUUAUGGAAUUAAAGCUAUAGAUUAGGUGGCUAACAAACCCUUUCAAGUUGAAGUUUUGGAUAAAGCCUCUACUCUUAAUCAUCAUUGCUGUUUUCUGCCUAUUGAAGGGUAGGUGUGUAUUUUGGGAGAGAUAUUUUAAGCUUGAAAUUUCAGGUUAGUUCCUCCAGAAAGUGCUUAAUGCAGCCAGCUGAUUUGAGAGCAGAUAACAAGUUGGAAGUUUGAGUUGAUUUGCACUUGCUGCUAUGGGGAACCUGUAGGUUUUAGCAAAAAUUUACAGAGCACAGUGGUCUUGGUUAUUCAUGCUGCUUGCUAGUUAUAAAAGAAAACGAUGUCAUCUGCCAGGCAGAUUUGGAACCUAAAGUGUACUGGUGGUGUGGUUAUUUUAGAAGUAUUUGUGCCUAUAUUUAUCAUGGUAAAAUCUUUGUAAAAUAUGCUCUAGGGUCUAACUCCUUACGGUCUAACAAUAUUCUGAGCUCAGAGCUCUGCUGGUUAGUUUAUAGUAACAAAUGUAAUGGAAAAAUAUAUGUUAUGGUAGUACAAACUCAAGGUAGCCAGUUCAGUAUCUUAAUAGCCUGAAAAUAAGUGGUGUAUUCUAGGGGAGGGAGGGGGGAGGAAAUGUUUCUCAUUCUACUUAACAUUGCUUAUUUAAUAUCAUGCUAUCUACUAUUCUGUAACUUCAAAAAGUAAUCUUCCAGCUACGUAUCGAUUGUUUCAGAUACAACUUUUUAAAAAGUAGAGGAAGAGUUAUUUUCAAGUUUUUGGAAAGAUCUAAUUCUAGCCAUCAGAAUUCAGCUGGUAUAUACCAGGAUCCUUGAAGGAAGAGAGAGUGUCAAUUUUCUCAGAUCUGUUCUUAUAACUCUAAGAUGAUGAAAUCUGUGUAUUGUCCUGGUCCAGAUAUACUCUUCAGAGACUACUAGUUUUAUAUCUGGAAGGCCGUCAUCUCCAGCAUGAGUGGGUGUUUAACAAUAUCACUAAGCUACCUAAAAACCCCUUUAUGACAUGAAAGCAUUACAGAGUAGACACAAAGAUGAACCAUGUACACUAGAAUAUUUCCAUGUGCAUUCACACUUUUUUUUUUCCUGCAUGAGUCGUUGCAUGAACAAUGGAGCUCCCCUGCGAUAUGAACUCCUUGAUAUAAAAGAAAGGAGUGUGGAGACCAUAGUGGGACUGUUCAGACUAUAGAUAGGAAUGUGGCCUUUGGAAUGGGAUCUUUGAGGGUGGGUAGUUUUGUUUUGUUUUGAAAUAGAGUAUCCGCUCCUUCAGUGGUAGUCCUGGAAGUCCUGGUGCUGACCCUCAAAAAGUUUUGGCCCCAGAAAUGAUGAGCAAAUACAAGAAAUAACAGAUUAUAAAUGGGUCACUUGUUUUUGUAGGUACUACAAUCAUGAUUGAGUAGAGAGGGUAGAUAGUCUGUCGAUUUUAUGGAAUAAAUGAUUUCAAUGAUUUUAUGGAAUAAACCUCUAAAGACCCCAGUCUCAUGGCCAUGCAUAGAACAACUACCAGCCACAACACAAACACCUUUUCUCUAAAGCUCUGUUCAUCAUUCUGUGAGAUAUUAAAGUUGAUUGUGAGACUCAUUUCUGAUGUCUCUUUAGUUUCCAUGGGUCAGUCAGCGUACUUGUGUGUUUGCUAUGGAAUACAAAGUAUCAUCAAAAUGUGACUUAUUUUCCCAUAGAUUUACUCAUUAGGUUUGGGAUUUUUGUUUUAUUUGCUGGCAAAGAUGUGUAAUAGUCACCACCUUAGAUUUUCAGGGCUAAUAGAACUGAGCUGUAUUAAUAUAAUACUGUAUUAAAUUCUUUGUAGGAGGGGCCCCUCCUUAUCUUUUCUAUGGGGCUUAGAGUCCUUUCUCUUUUGCCUCGUUUGGUCCUUGUGUCAACAUAAGAUCAUGAUCUUGCACCUUAAAAAUCAAUCUCUUUGUAGUAUUCAGAUUUAAAGUUGCCUUGUUUUCUUCUCUUCCAACACAGUGCAUCCAGGAGAAAGGCCUUGUGUGUUCCUCCAUCUACCCUAUUUGUUGUAUCUAUAGACCGUUGUAUUAAGAUUUCCUCAGGACUUCCUUUGGUUUCAGUUUAUCACACUUCUUCAGGAAGUUGUGACUAGUUUCAUUCAGCAGUAGGACCAACUUGUCAUGGUGCUUUGCUUCAUUUCAAAUAAAAAGAGCCUUAGGAAUACAAAAAGUAGGUGAGAUGGUGUUUAUAAACAUACAGGAUGCUCUUUGCCUUGUUUACCAGAGGAUCCAGUUGGUCAAAGCUAUCAGAGUCACAUGAACAGAGAAAACGUUCACUUCUGCAGAAUAAAGCUCUCCAUGUAAACUUAGAAGAUAUUAAAAAAAUGGAUAGCAAAGUUUUGUCUUUAUUUUGACAUAGUUUUCAUUAAAUAUGUAAAAAUCCCUUGUGGUCGGUUAUAUUUCCCUUCCCUUGGGCCUUUUUUAAUUGGGUGGUUGGCUUUGGGGUUUUUUUGGGGGGUGGGGUUGUCAGUUCUUAAUCUUAGUUGAGUCAGGCUGGUUGAUGGAAUGAAGGAAUUUUUCACCUAUAAAUUUGGAUUAACUCGAACAAGUAAACCCAACUACAAGAGUCAUCCCAAAAUACUGUCCCUAAGAAUUGUGUUAUGCCAUUGGGAAUUUCAGAAUAGUUGUUUUGUAUUUAGGAGAAAUUUCAGAAUUUCUUCAGUCCCCAAUAAGAGUAAUAUAGCUUCUGUGGGGAAAAUAUGGCUCAGGGUGAACUUGAGAACUUAGUUUUGUUUUUUGUUUUUGACCAGACAAGAGGAUAAGGCUAAGCCAAAAUGAUGUGAUAUAACAUCCAAAUUUAUGGGUAAAGAAUUACUAGAAAUUCUUAAAUGCACAUACUUUAUAAUCAUAACCUUAUACUUUUUACUGUGGAAAGGAGGUGAUGGAGUAUUAAUCUUUUUAAUCCUUGAGUCCAAACUGACUUUAACAUGUUGAAUAUUAAAAUACUUCACAAGUUAAUAAACCAUUUGUAAAGUGUUUAUAAAACUUUGUAUCAUGUGUUGGUACACGUUAUCAAGUUUUUUCUGGCAUGUAUUCCAUUCUAACUUCUGUAAAAUUUCUAUUGUUCCUGUAAAUAUUAUAAAAAUAUUUAUCCCGUGGUAACCUUAAUUAUCAGCAUGAAAAUGGUUAAUUUUUACUGAGCACAAUGUAUUUUUGAAUGGACCUUCCAAAAAUACGUCUUUAAUAAAAUGCAGAUUUUGCACUAGAAAAUCGAUGUUGUCCAGAUUGCUGUAACUCCAAAUUCUUUCAAGCUAACAGCAUUGAAUUCCUUCUUAUGAUAGCAUGUGGCUUAUUUUUAUUUCUU